AUGUCUUCCUCAGUUCCAAUCCCCUUCUCUGAGCCUCCUUGGCUCAUGGGUUUACCAUCUCCAUAUUACAAUGCUUCACAUCGCAAAUGGCAAAAAACAUGUCAAGCGCUUGUUUCCGAAUUACUGGGUGAAGCAGGUGAUUGGGAAAAAGAAGGAGAUGUACCCGUUAAUCUCUACCAAAAGUUCGCCCGCGCCAACUUCCUCAUCCCCAACCUUCCCUCUCCGCUCCCAGUAAAAUGGCUCAAAGAAAUCGGUAUCACACAUCUCCCUGGCGAUCUCCCAGUUGAUGAAUUCGACUACAUGCACACCCUAAUCUUCACGGAUGAAAUGCAUCGUUCAGGGUCCCUCGGCCCCUCCGGCGCCAUCACCACCGGAUUCGCCUUCGGGGUUCCCCCUAUCUUAAAAUUCGGCUCCCAAGCCCUGCAAGCUCGUUUCCUCCCGGAUCUCCUCACCGGCAAAAAAAGAAUCUGUAUAGCGAUCACCGAACCCGGCGCCGGAAGCGACGUCAGCGCGAUCGAAACCACCGCGCGCAAAAGCGAUGAUGGGACAGAGUGGAUCGUCGACGGGACCAAAAAAUGGAUCACCAAUGGUCUCUGGUCUGAUUACGCUACCAUGGCUGUGAGGACGGGUGGACCGGGCCCAGGCGGUCUUUCGCUUCUGGUUGUACCUUUACUACAGUAUCCGGGAGUGACGAUGCGCAGGAUAAAGGUGGGUGGACAGACGGCUGCGGGGACGACAUUUAUCGAGCUGGAUAAUGUGAGGGUGCCGCGGGAGAAUUUGAUUGGAAUCGAAGGAGAGGGUAUGAAAUACAUUAUGCAGAAUUUCAACCACGAGCGACUGAGUAUAUCGAUUUCGGUCAAUCGGAUUGCGCGCACGGCGCUGAGCCAAGCGUUUGCAUACGUGAUGAAGCGGAAAGCGUUUGGGAAACAGCUGAUGGAGCAACCGGUUGUGAGAAAUCGCUUGGCGAGAUGUGGUGCGGAGCUCGAGAGUCACUGGGCGUGGAUCGAAGGGUUUACGUGGAUGAUGACGCGCUUGGGAGAGGAGGAUGCGAAUCGUGAGCUGGGGGGCUUGACGGCGUUGGCGAAGGCAAAGGCGGGGAUGGUGUUGGAGAGUUGUGCGUCGACCGCGGUGUUGCUUUUGGGCGGGAAUGGGUAUACGAAGAGUGGAAUGGGGGAGGUGGUGGAACGAAUCUUCCGCGAAAUCCCCGGCGCCCGUAUCCCCGGCGGCAGCGAGGAUGUCAUGCUCGAUCUGUCCAUCCGGCAACUAGUCAAGAAUUACCAAUUGAAGAUGAAGAAUGAACUUGAGAAAGCGGGGUUGGAAAGACCGGGGGGAGGAUCGAAAUUGUGA